CAGAGCGGCAGCCAGAACCACAACUCCCAGCACUCCUGGCGCUCACCGCUCUCCUGACUUCCUCUUCCGGUUCGGGGGCUACUGAGACCGAAAGUACGGUGCUGUGGCCGCCGCCGGGGUGAUUUUUCACCUUCGCCUGCGCGAGCCCUCGCUGACCCAGGUUGGGAAGCCAGACGAGAGUAAAAUAUGAACGGAAGAGUGGAUUACUUGGUUACUGAGGAGGAGAUCAAUCUCACUAGAGGACCCUCAGGGCUGGGCUUCAACAUCGUCGGUGGCACAGAUCAGCAGUAUGUCUCCAAUGACAGUGGCAUCUUCGUCAGCCGCAUCAAAGAGAACGGGGCUGCAGCCCUGGAUGGGCGGCUCCAGGAGGGUGAUAAGAUCCUCUCGGUAAACGGCCAAGACCUAAAGAACCUGCUGCACCAGGAUGCUGUAGACCUCUUUCGUAAUACAGGCUAUGCUGUGUCCCUGAGAGUGCAGCACAGGUUACAGGUGCAGAAUGGGCCUAUAGGACAUCACGGUGAAGGGGAGCCAAGUGGUAUUCCCAUAACUGUGGUGCUGGUACCAGUGUUUGCCCUCAUCAUGGUAGCAGCCUGGGCCUUCAUGAGAUACCGGCAACGACUUUGAAAAGCUUGCUUUCUUCCAGUGCUCCCAAAGAAGAAGAUACAUUUCUUUCUUUCUCUCACCCUCCUCCCCUGCCAUUCUCCCAUAACUUUCCCUCUCUCUACAUAGCCAACACACGAUUUAAAGAGACUGCUACCCAACCAGAACCUUGCUGCUCGAAAUCUCUAAAUCCUCCUACUCUAGUGGGAGAGUAAAGGCAUUGUUUGAAGGAAAGCUGAAAGAAGGACUUGCUUAGAACAAAUGAAGAGUUAUAUAUUUUACUAGGACCACCAAUAGAAGUUCAGCUGCAACCCAGAGAGGGAGAGGUCCAGUCUUCCCAUCACCAUGCGUGAUUCCUUUUUUCUUACCUGGCAUGUGUCAAAGAUCAGCUGUAAUAAGAGGAAGAAAGGAUUUUUCUCUUUAAUGAUCUUCGUUGGGAAGUUUUUGUGGCCUUUAUUUAAUUUCUAACUACCUACUUGGGCACCUACUUUGUAUCAAACAAAGGUGAAUGAGGAGAGAAUUUCUACUUUUUUAAAAAAGCAAAUAUAUAUAUAUAUAUAUAUAUACACACACACAAACACACGUAUUCAUAUAUGAUAAUAUAAUAGUGAUGCCUUAUGGAGAAUUAAAGAGGUAGAAAGCAACUCUGGUUUCUGGGUUUCUGAUGUAAAAAUUAAGGGAUAAUCUUAAUUGAAGAAUUCGAUACAUAGCGGGAGUGAGAGAGUGAGCCUUAAGAGAGGAUGCAACUAAUUAAAAAUCUUAGAACAAUAUUUCUUAUAAUAGCUGUGGUGAAGUUGAGGUAAAAUGCCAUAAUCCAGCUUUGUGCAAGUCAGUCUGUUUAAAAAACUCGGGAGAUGUAAAUAUAAACCUUAUUAAUCUCUGGGCUACCCUAGUGACUGUUUUGGUACCUUACAGACCUCUUAAAGGAUCAGCUGGAAUGACUGUGGUCAGAGCUAUAACUAUGGCGAUGGGGCCAAAUCAACCCAGUGAAAAAGCUCAGGCUCAGGCUAUCUACCAGUCUUUCCUGUUUCUACUAACAGGCAAAAUAUGAGAAAGGGACUGCUUCCAGCAGGAUGGGCAUGAAAUCAGCUCUGUUUCAAUUCAGUUAAGUUGAAAGGGUUUGGAUUGCUACUGUUUUUUGAAAGGCUCUGAACGCUGUUUAUGGCUUUUAAUGAAUAAAUCAUUUUGCAGGGAAGGCGAAGAAAAGAGUUUUGUUUGUUUUAGGGGCUAGGGAAGUUUGGUGAAUGUUUCAAGGGGAAACCUUAUGGAUGAAUGGAUGUUAAGGAAUACCAAGGAUAUAAAUGAGGUGGGAACCCUCCUGUUCAUGUGGUAUUGAAGGAUGGUUUUAAAGCACUAAGGAGAGCUGAACCAAGACUAAUUUUCUGGCUUAAAGAAAACCAUUUCCAUCCUCUAAAUAUACUGGCCGGGCUAUAGGCUUUAUAUAAUCUUGACAGCAAGAGUAUGAAGACUUUCCCUCAGGCAGUCAGUUGUGUCCAAUUUUUAGCAUGGAUGACCUAGUAAGAAUUUUAUAAAUGUUGAUUGGACAUCAGCUUUGUUAUGACUUUUACAAAGAAGCAAAAUACAUAGCCUCCAUUCCUAAAGGGUUUUUUUUUUUUGGUUCCAGUUGGGAAGAGAACACCUUUACACAUAAAAUAAUAUACAGUUACCUCCAUAGGCAGGGCAAUGUAAGUUAGUGUCAAAUUUAUAUUGCAAACCAAAGGGAACGGUUACUGAGAAUAGAGGCACUUGAGAAAGUUCCAUGGAGGAAGGGGACAAGUUAAGGACCCUUUCGGAGCUCACAGUCAAGAGAAUUCAUAAAUAGAUGAGAAGUUAAAAGUAUAUCAUCAGGUUAAGUAAUAGUUGAGAACAAUAAUAAAAGAAAUGGUACGUUGCAGAGUAUGAUGCAGCUACAAAGACGUGCAGACACAUUUUCUUUUUUUUUUUUUUUUUUUUUUUUAAGGAAUUCAGAACAAGAAAGCUGUCACGUAAUGGCAUCAGGCCAGAGUGGAAAGGGAAGGCUUUUAAAAAUAAAAACCCCAGUUAAGACCUUGCCUCUGGGUCACCUAUUGGUAUAAGAAGAAACUUGCUGUAAACAAUCCUAAGAGGAUUUCUGCCUUCAGACCUGAACUGUUCAGUACCUCUGAGACUCACUUAGACAACUGCAUUCAUAGGUUCCAUGGAGAAACCCUAACAGUAUUCCAGUUCUCACCUCAACCAGCCCCUCUGUGGAGGCACAACCUCAGGUGCCCUCCCUGUAUCUGGAGGAAUGUGCAGCAGCUUCUGCAGUGGGCCUGCUUUCCUCCCAGGAUUCCUUUCGGGGUUUGGACAUUAACUCCUGAGAGGACCUUGAGACAUACAAAAGGAAGCAAAUGGCAAGCAGGAAGGAAAGCUAUUUUGUUUUUUGUUUGUUGGUAUAUAUAAAUAAAAACACCUAUCCCAUCAUUGGUAGAGGUUUUGCUUUGGUUGAUAAUCAGGAUUCCAGUGCACUUUAAUAAUUCAGGUUUUCUCUGGAAUUAAAUAGCAUUUAAAGAUCAGUACAGUAAAGGUUUAGGCAAGUAUGCUACUUCAAUUAUAUUCUUAUUUCUGAUUCUCUAGAAAAUUAAAUUAUUAUCAUAGAUGAAGUAUUGGAGUCCAUUGUAGGUCAUUAAAAAAUUCAUCCUAGUUAUAGAUUGAAUCUAACAUUUCUAUCACUUUAUCGAUUGUAGCUAUAUUCUUCCCACCUAAAUUACUAUGUUCAAAGUUUUAAAAAUUGAAUGAAAAUCUUUUUUAAGACAUUUACUUAAAACACUUCGCUACAUUUAUCAUCCCAUAUUAUACAUACAAUUCUAAUAAGACAUUGUUUGCUUCAAUCGUCUCUCUUUUCUUUUCCUGCCAAGUUUUAACCUAUGCUAUUGAUUUAACUUAAUCACACCCAUCUAGACAUGUAUAAUAGAAAAAGGAAAUUAUACCUGUUACAUGCUCUGCCAGGUACUAAACUAAACCCUGAUUGGUAACACUGUUUCUUCAUGCCUCACAACUCUGAAGUCUAAGUAUUGUUAAAAAGACACUAAAGAAAAGAGAAUAAAUUGUUCUACUAAGAUUACAUAGGUGGUAAUAAUAGAAUCAGGAUUUAAACUCGGGACUUCAGGUGCCUCCACCAAUAUUUCCUUACUGGCAGUGGUUCUCAAAGUGAGGUCUCUGGACAAAAACAUCAGCAUUACCUGGAAACUUGUUAGGAGAGCAAAUUCUUGGGCUCUACCCUAGACCUACUGAAUCAGAAAUUGAGUAGGGCACCCAGCAAUCUGUUUUAGUACUCCCUCCAGGUGACUGAUGCACCUUGAAGUUUGAGAAUCACUGCUCUAUGCCAAUAGUCACCUUUUUCUCAGGUUAGGAUCACCCAGAGAGCUGAUAAAAAUUCUGAUGCCCAGGCUGCACCUAGAUCAAUUAAGCAGAAUCUCUAGGGGUGGGAAUAGGGCAGCAGUAAAACAGAGUUCAUCAUGUAAUUCCAGUGUGCAGUGUCAGAAAAAAAAAAACAAAAAAACCAGCUCUGGCAUUUAAACCUAGACACUACUUAAAUUAUUGAAUUACAUACGGGCAUUGCUCCAGCCAAAAAUGAGAAUCUCACUUGGGCCUUUUUGGAGCCCAGCUCUCCAUUAGCUUCUGCCUCACGUAUAGAUGUGGAAUAAGAAGUGGAGCAGUAUUUGGCUUCUGAUUUGCUAAGGACUGACCAAACUUCAGCAAAAUGUAUUAGUGAGCAUGUCAGUGUGUGCAUCUAUUAAGUUAAAACCAAAUCGUAGAACAUUGGAGCUAAAAGAUUCUAGGAUGAAUCUGUCUUAAAGAUGAGAAGAUCAAGGUUCAGAGAUGUGAAUUAUCUUAACCCAGAUCACAGACUUAGUCUGUGGCAGAGGUGCCCUUUCUGUCUCAUAUAUAUGUCUUGAAUGAAUCCACUAUAUGAACAUAGACAAAACUAUCCUUUUUAUCUCAGUCCACUUCCAUCUUCUUUGGGCCUUGAAUAAAGAUCAGGAGAACUGAUUGACAGCUGAAGAGUAUUGCAAGCAUCAUGCAGAAUUGGGAGAUUACACAAGAGUAAUCUGAGAAAGACCUUGUAUCAAAUUCAAUCAGAUGAGCUCUUCUGAGACUAAUUCCAAUAGUUCAAAACUAGAAAAGUAUUUCUUUUUUACAUUGGACAUUGUUUUUGUUGUGUAGAUAAGCAAUUUUUAAAAUAUUUUAAAAAAUGAAACAACAUAGGUUCUCAACUAUGUGGGGGAGUAGAGUUCAUGUAAUUUCAUGUGAAGCCAAUAAAGAUUUUAUUCUAAUCUAUUUUAGUUGAAAUUUAUCUUUGGACAGAUGAGAGUUUUUUUCUUCAUUUAACAAAUGAGUGCCUACUAUGUGCUAGGUGCUGAAAAUACAAAUAUAAAUUAAAUAUGGUCACUCUAAGCUGAAAUAGCUCAUCAUCUGAAAGUGAGGGAGUAUUUGUUGGUGAUCUUGAUGUUAACGUAUUUUUCUGAUAUCACCUAGAAAUAGUAGAUGGAGUUGUGAAGCUCUUUACCUCUCAUUUAUAAUAGGUUUACAGUUGGUUGCUAUCCUGGGGUAAGCCCCUUUUUGCUGUUUCUCUUUUUAUCUGUAAAUCCUUUUGAGACAAGCACUCACAUCCAAAAGGGCAAUUGCUAUGAAAAGGAAGACAGUAUUUUAAGGAAUUCUGUUCUGAUCAGAACCAAGUUCUUAACAGCCAUAGUCUCUUGCCUGAUGUUGAUAUUUAUAGAGAGACUCCAAAGCACUUGAUCAGCUUACCUGAUAUACUUGAUACUGUAAUAACCUAUAUGAUAAGAAAGCAUUGUUGUGUCUAAAGAAUCAAAUUAUAGCAACCGCUAGGUCUUGUUUCUAAAUGUUUUCCUUACUGUUCAUAUUUUCUUUUUGCAGGGGAAAAGGGGAAAGGGAGAGAGCUGAAAUGUGGUUUCAAAUGCAAGUCAAUCAUUAACAGAGUCAUUUACAAAAGAACUUUGUAUUUACUGUAAUCAUUAAAUUGCUUGACCAGUCACAGGAAAAUGGGUGAUCCUUCUUCCUACUUUGCAGAUUUGCAAAUGGAAUCACAAAAUUGAAUCCCAUUUUAAUUCUGUAUCAGCAGUGCUGAUUUGAAUAUGAGUUUCUUAUUACUGUUUUUGACGUUGAACAUUGUUUUUAUUGUGUAAAAUACAUGCACGUUUUACCCCCAAGACGUGUUAGUCUUUAUAAGAUUAUUUUCCUUAUGAACCUUAUUUUAUUUUGCGUCCUUUCUACUUUGAUCCUAACGUCAUAUUGCAUGCCUGGAUCUAAACAGCAGUCAGUUUCUCAGAUCAAAUAGAUGCCCUAUAGCAACUUGGAAGACAUAUGGGCAUAAAACCAUAUUUUCUAAGGAAUACCAUUAUAAAUUAAAUAUGUUAAUGAUGCCAUCAAAACAGAUAAUAAUCUCUCUUAAGCUUUGCUAUUUGAUAUCAGAUACAGUACAUGAAAUAAUAGUGUAUCUAACUGUGCCUAACUUAGUAUUGGCAUUCAACAAAAACUUGCUGCAUUUGUCAGUAAAUCUUUACAAUCUUUUCCACCUUAUUUUGGGGAUUGUUGAAUAAAUAUCUCCUUAUUUAACCACCAACUUCCUAGGGUAACACUCUGACAGAGCAAUGGAAAGAGAAAAGAAAGAAAUCUGAAUGAUCAAUUUGAGGCUUAGCUUUGACAUAGAAGAUUAGGAGAUAAGGAUAAGGGCUCUAUCAUGUACUGCUAAUAAUAAUUGGCUAACAAUUAUUAAGCUCUCAUCAAUUUAUUUCAGUCUUAAUCUUAUUUUAGCUACUGUGUUAAGCCCUUUACAUGUGUUUAUUUAAGCCUCACAACAACUCUAUAACUGCUGCUGUUAUCCCCAUUUUACAGAUGAGAUAAGCAAGACAUAGAUUAAUUUGCCUAAAUUACACAGCUAUUAAGUGCCAGAGCUGGGAUUUAAACUCAGGCAGUUUAGCUCCGGAACCUACAUACAUAACCAUGACACUAUGCUGUCCCUACUCUCCAUGGUUCCAGGCACUACAUUGGGCCAUCCUUUUCCAUAACUUAUAAAUGUCAGUGAAUUCUCACAACUAUGCGAGUCAGUAUCAAUAAUUCCAUUUUUAUAGAUAGGGUAACUCAAGGCCUAAAGAAGUUAAAAACUUGCUCAAGAUACAUUGCUAAUUAGUGCCAGACGUGGGAAUUUCCUUCAAGCCAGUGAGGAGUCUAUUUCUCUUCCAUCAUUCCAGGAAAUUAAAGUUUAUUAUACUGAAUUUGGUUCAACCAUGCUAGCAUAGCCUUCCAUUAUGGAUAAUAGGGAAUUGACUGCAUUAGGUUAAAUGUUCUACAACAAUAGCAGUAGUAGUACCAUUCAUUUUAUACAAAGUUUGAAAGCAAUUACCUACAUUUGCUAUCUGACUUGUCUUCCCCCCAUCCCCCAAAACCUUACAAGAUACAUAGAAGACAAAAGGGUUUGUGCCACAGGAUGUGAAAGGACUUGUCAGAACUGAAUAUUGACUUUUGCCCAAGUUACCUUGUAUAUAGCUGACUCUGAUAUGAAAAGUCAUUAUUGCUGCGUCAUAUGACUUAAGCAAAGACCAGACCUGGAGUCAAAGUGCUAGUGUCUAACUGUAAUGUGUAGAGAAUGGCCAUUUUCUCCCUUGAUGGGCAAAGAAGGUAUGUAAGUUAUCAAUUACAUAACAAACCACUGCAAAACUUAAUGGCUUAAAUUUUUUAAAAUUAUUUUUAAAAAGAUUCUGUGAAUUGACUGUUUCUUCUGCUACCACCUAGAGUCACAUGGAAUUGCAUUCAUCUGAUGGCAGAAGAAGGGUAAGUAGUCCAAGAUGGCCUCUCUCUCCUGUCUGGUACUUAGUGCUAGCUAUAGCCAAGGGUGCCUUGCUUUUUCUCCACAUGGCCUCUCAUUUUCCAAUAGACUAGAUUGGGGUCUUCAUAGCAGGGGAAGAGGGGGUUCUCAGGGAAUUGUUCUAAGAAGGCAAGUCCCAAUGUGGAAAGCACUAGUCAAGCCUUUGUACUUGUCCCACUUGCUGAUGUUUUAUUGGCCAGACCAGGCCAUGGCCAAGCCUAGAGUCAUUAUUGGGUGGGACCUAAACCCCACCUCUUGAUGGAAGCAGUGCAAAGAAUUUGUGGCCAUUUUUAAUUCACACAGGAAGAAACCAAACUUCAAACAGCAAAGACCAGGGGUCAGCACAUUUUUUCUCAAAGGACAAGAUAGUAAAUAUUUUAGGCUUGCAGGCCUUGGGUCUUUGCAGUUUGGGUAUGAAAGCCACCGUAGACAAUAUAUAUGCAAAAGGGUGUGGCUGUUUUCCAAUAAAACUUUAUUUACAAAAACUGAGGUCCUGCUACACUAUAGUUUGAGGACUGCUGCCAAAGACUAUCACAGGUUGAGAUAGACUUUUAAGAGUGAAAACGAGAGAAGAAAGCUCCCAAAUGUUGAUCCCUUGGAGUCCCAAAUUGAGGAGCAUUGACACAUUUCCUAGGAAAGGCUCUUUUUAAAAAUCUCUUAUCCUACAAGAAAGAGAAGCCAGGGAAAGUUCAAUGAAAAUUUCUCCUGCUGUAAUUUUGGAAGUGAGUUGAAGAGUGACCAUUGUCAGACUUCAUGAAGCACCCAUCAUAGCCAGGAUACCAUCCAAAAUUCAAGGAUUCACAUAAAAGUUAUAACAAUAUUAAGAACUCACCAGGCACUUUAUGGAAGUUAUUUCAUUCCAUGCUUAAAUAAUCUUAUUAGAUUGAAAUUAUUACCCUAUGUUAAAGAUGGAAAGAUAGAACUUUGGAGAUGUGAAGUUAACUAUCUCUAGUUAAUAUCAUUAUUAAUGUUAAAACCUAAACAGUCAAGGUUUGAAACCAGAACCAGAACAUUUUCUGGCUCCUUAUACU